AAAAGAAGUGGAUACAAAAAGAUCAUCGACAGAGACAGUAAAGACAAUUUAAAUAUUUUAUCCCCCCUUUUCUUUCAAUGGAUGAAUGAAGUCGUCAAGAUAGGCAGUGAACGAACUUUAGAAAACGAUGAUUUUGUGCCGCUUUCCAAAGAAAACCAAACCCGUCCAGCGACAGAAAAGCUCCAAACAAAAUGGAAUGACGAGAAAGCAAGCUGCAAACGUGACGGCAAAAAACCGAAGCUCUGGAGAAGCGUCAUUAAAACAGUGUCUGUAAAAGAAGCUUUCAUCAUUGUCUUGACUGGGUUUUUGGAUUCAGUUUGUCGCAUUCUUCAACCCUUGUUUCUUGGAUUUGUUGUUUCAGCAUUAAUUUCAGCAGAGGAGCCACAGGAAAAUGUUCUUCUUUACAUUUGUGCAUUAGCAAUGGCUGCUAAUUAUUUUAUCAAGAACAUCUGCAUGCAUCAGUAUUUUUACAGGAGUGCAUUGCUGGGUGUUAAACUUUGCAGUGCCUUGAAGGGCCUCGUCUACAUAAAGGUAACUUAAGAUAAUGUACCUCAAACAGAGAUUAUGCAGUCCCAUUACCGGGGGGAAGGGGGAGGGGUCUAAGUAACCCUUAUCCCAUUAAUGUUUGGCCUAUAUAUCCCCGUAUCCCGUUAAUUUGAUCCUUCACGAUUGACAAUUUUCCCACUCAAAAUCCCCGGGAUAUUUGUUUUAAAUAUCCCAUAUUCAUUAAUUUCCCCUUCAAGUAUCCCGUAUCCCGUUCAUUUUUUGUCUUAAGAUCCCGUGUCCCGAAAACCAUGGCCUUAAUUAAUAGCCUCAGUAAUGGAUGACGACAACAGUAAUAAUGAUACUUAAAUACCUAAUAUCAGGGACCGCGGAGACCAUUUUAAAGUGUUAGGGCUAAAAACUCUGGCCAAUACUACCGGCCAAUAUUACUUUCAAGUAGUAAAAUCCAUAUUUUAUCCAUACCAAAUGGAACCCUAGAAAAUCAAUCCCAGCAAUAAAGGUGGUAGGGCUGUAGCCCUACCAGCCCCUCCGCGGUCCCUGAAUAUUGUGGCAUAUCAGCCGCGUUUGGUCGAACCAUGGUUUGUCAAUAUAUAGCAGCUGUAAGCGAGGCUGGAGGUGACCUAGCUUUGAUACAAACCUUUUCACUUGUGGCGCGGGUUUUGUUCACGUGGAUAGCAAAAACGGCUCUACACGGAUUUCCAUCCUACUCGAAAACUUCCACGCAACGCGCGGGGCUAGAACUGGGUACCAUUUCUAAAAAUAACUUAAGACGGUUUCUCUUGAGAAUAAGACCUACAUGGAGGACUCACUCUCUAAUCUUAUCUAUGACAAAAUUCUCGAUCGUGAUUGGUUCUCCGCGCGCCUAUUUCACUUAAUCGGCGCGCGAUCACGUGGUUCUCAAAUUGCAGGUUUCCAAUUACAACAAGUUGUAAUCAGGUGCCUGUAAUUGGAUACCUUCGCUAUUCGCACGUCGAUUACUCAGAAUAUUUCCUACAACUUUGAAAACUUAUGGAAAGCGUUACUCACUUUUUCGCUCAAACGAAGUUCUCCAAAGACUUUCUUAAUAGUACAAUUCAGGGAGUAAUCGUGCUCUUAAUUUCAAAUCGGCCUUGCGCUUCGCGCUCGACCAAUUUUGAAAUUACUUGCGGGAUUACUCCCUGGAUUGUACCCCUCUCGAUUCAAAUAUUUUACCCACCUUUCAUCCUCUUUUGGCUCCAUCCAUGAAGUAAGUUUCUUGACUUAAGUUUUAUUUUUUCCUGUUUUUAGACCACUCUUCUCAGCAAGCAAACAUUAAUGGGUUUUACCACUGGCCAUGUGAUUGAUCUCGUGUCUAAUGAUGUGCAGCGAAUGGAAGAAGCUCCCAAGUGGAUCGCCCACGUAGUUCCUUUGACCUCUGACAUUAUUGUAGCCACGUGUUUAGUCGUGUACCUGAUUGGUUGGCAGGCACUUAUGGGAGUCCUUUUUCUGCUAUUCCUCAUACCAUAUUUAGUCCUGUUAUCCUCUGCAAGUGCACAACUACGCCUGCGCACAGCUGAUGUGUCUGACCAACGCAUCUCUACCAUCAAUGAGGCCGUUGGCGGAAUCCGCGCUAUCAAAACGCAUGCGUGGGAGAACGAGUAUCGAGACGAGAUAAAAAUUACACGAAGCAGAAAUGAAAUCAGCAUCAUCCAUAAGAAGAAUAUAAUUCUUUCAGCUUUAGCUGGCUUGGAAUACGCAUCUGCUGCUAUGGCGACCCUGGUGUCUGUCAUCUCUCUUGUGUUAACUGACCAGCCCAUCACACCUGUUAAUGCCUUUAUGCUGCUCGCUUUCAUCAAUAUUCUACGACUGGGCGUAUCCCAUCGCUUAGCCCAAGGUCUGCUGGCAACAUACGAGGCAUAUGUGUCUUUGAACAGAAUAGAGAAUUUUCUUCUUUUAGACAAUCUACAAUCCCUUUCAUGUAAUCGGUACUCAGAGGGCACAAAUGACCCCUUAGAAAGUUCGGGAAAGAUUGGAAGUGGUCAGAUAUUUGAUCGAGAAGAAACUCCAAAAGCUCUCCGGAGCCUUGAUGAACUUAAGGGCAAACCGGCAGUCUGCGUGUCAAAUUUGACAUACAAACCAUUCGAGCGAGAAAUGAAAGCUAUUCUACAAGAUGUAGGAUUCACUACAACUCCAGGAGGUUUGACAAUAAUUACAGGACCGGUGGGCAGUGGAAAAUCGACGCUACUCUCAGCGAUCGCUGGCGAAGUAUCAGACAUAAGCGGAAUAGUCACCUGCCGAGGGAGUCUUGUCUAUGUGCCUCAGAUAGCCUGGAUCUUUUCCGGAACCAUAAGUGAAAACGUUUUGUUCGGUCAGGCAUAUAACGAAGACAAAUACAACAGUGUUCUUAACUCUUGUGCACUAAUGAAAGACGUCCAACAAUUCCCUGAUUACGACCAGACGGUUGUUGGUGAAUGUGGUGCAGUUCUAAGUGGAGGCCAGCGGGCAAGAGUAAGUUUAGCACGUGCAGUGUACGCCGAUGCAGACAUUUACUUGUUGGACGACCCUCUGACUGCUGUGGAUUUUAAGGUUGGUCAACAUAUCUUUAGACAAUGUAUUAAAGGUUUACUGGGCGAUAAAACCCGGGUUCUCAUCUGUCACGAAGAGCGAUAUAUGAAAGAAGCUGAUGAAGUUAUUGUGCUUGAUAAAGGUCUCGUGCUCGGCAAAGGUCGUUUUAUUGAGCUUCAAGAGAAAAACAUUUUAAGUAUAGCGGCUGAUCCACUUUGCAAGACCGUUCUGGAGAUAAACGAAUCCGAUGGCGUGGUUGAAAAAAAAGGAGACAAAAGUUAUUUUGCUGAUGCUCGUGCAGGCAAUGAAGCCAGAAGUCUUCAAAUAGAAAGUGGCGUGCAUUCCUUAGUGCUACUGGCUAUAGUCUUGCUGUGUGUCAUUGCUCAAGCAAUGGCAGUUGCUCCCGAUGUGUGGCUCUCCUAUUUGACAAAGGAACAUCACAAAAAUCAAAGAGACCCAGUCAACUUAACCAUCUAUGGUUGCCUUGUUGUUGGCUCCUUCAUAUUUGCCAUCUUCAGAGGGUACGGAUUCCUUUCGAUUUCCUUGAAAUGUUCUGAACGCCUUCAUGACAAAAUGGUGGUGGCUAUUUUACAAGCACCGGUUCUGUUCUUUGACUCGAAUCCCGUGGGCAGAAUUCUUAAUCGAUUCUCUAAAGAUGUGGGCUGCAUGGAUGAACUAUUACCAAAAACAUUUCUGAUGGCAAUCCAGUACAGCUCAGUGACGUUUGCAUCCUGUCUUUUGCCGAUUGUGGCAAAUUACUGGCUACUGGCUGCAAUUGUGCCGCUGAUUGCAAUAAUCGUCUACAUUGGAAGGUAUUACUUGAAGACCUCCAGACAGUUGAAAAGGCUUGAGUCUGUAAACCGUAGUCCAGUCUUCUCGCACAUUUCGGAGACACUGAAUGGCCUGGACACCAUAAGAACAAGAGGACGACAAAAAGAUUUUUUGCAUCAGUUUUACAGACAUCAAGAUACUCAUAACCAGACGUUUGUCAUGGUAGUGGCUUGUGAACGUUGGUUCUCCCUUCGCGUGGCUGUUCUUAGUUCUUUGUUUAUAGGCUCAGUGGCAUUAGCAGCCGUUUUGGUUUCCCAAGAUGCUGCUUUUGCCGGCCUUGCUCUGGCUUACGUCAUCGAGAUUGGCGACGUCACUGAGUACGCUGUGAGGAAAUCAUCAGAAGUCGAAAAUUUAAUGACGUCCAUUGAACGAGUUAUGACGUACACUAAGAUUGACUUUGAGCCUGGAUACAAAGAAGAACAGCUUCCCCCAGAACACUGGCCACCAGAAGGAAAUAUCACAUUCAAAGACGUGUCGUUGACAUAUUACCCGGGGGGGCCUCAAGUUUUGGAGAAUAUAAAUCUCGAGAUCAAGGGAGGAGAAAAGAUCGGUGUUGCAGGACGCACGGGUGCUGGGAAAUCAUCUUUUGUAGCAGCUCUUUUACGCAUGCCUGACGCUGUUGGUGACGUAAUUAUCGACGGUGUUCGAUUAAAGGAGAUGAACCUCCAAGAGGCGAGACGAUGUGUAUCUGUUCUUGGCCAAAGUCCUGUUCUCUUUAGUGGAUCACUGAGGAGAAAUCUUGAUCUUAUGGGACAGUUUCAGGAUGUAGAUUUGUGGCGGGCAUUAGAUGAAGUGCGACUGAAGCAGAUGGUGGAAAAUCUGGAAGGACAACUGGACUACGAGUUGUUGGAACGCGGUACAAAUGUCAGCGUAGGAGAACGGCAAUUAAUCUGUCUGGCUCGCGUGCUCUUACAGCAAAACAAGAUCAUUAUCUUGGAUGAGCCUACUGCGCACGUGGAUCCAGACACAGAACAAACAAUCUGGAACACGGUGCGAGAGAAACUGAGGAACUCAACAGUUAUCACUAUAGCUCAUCGUUUGAACACCAUCAAAGACUGUGACAAGAUCCUUGUUUUCAGGGAGGGGAAGGUAGUUGAGGUUGGCACCUUUGAUGCGCUACUGAAAAGCGAAGGAAGUGAACUGAGUGAACUUGCUCAAGCUUCAGACGACGGAAAUUAAAGUAACCUCUGGUAUCGGUCCAGAAUUUGACUCUAGCCACAAGCUUUCAAUUUUUUUGGAGAAUAAUAUUCCUUAGUUCGUGAUGAUCUAUAUGUGAAAUAAACCGCACAUCUGAACUAUACCCCGUUACCAAGUAUCCCGAUGAGACCUUAGUUGCAACAAAAUAGUUCCGGUGUUCAGAUUUAAGGUGGCUUGCAACAUUUCCAGCGUUUUUCAGCAGUUCUACUUUGAUGAAUAGUAUGCUACCCCUCCUUUCAGUUGAAUUCAGAGCCACCUUAAUUUUUCGUAAAACUUUGGGGGCUUUGAACCCCUCCUAAAAGCUGCGGUGAACGUGGACAUCGCGGGUGUGUAUCAAACAAUUUAGUUGUGAUCAGAGGCGGCCCAAAAGAAAUUUAAGGUUUCUGAUGGUCUCGUGGUCUUUUUCUUUAUAACUGAUCGAGAAAUAUCAACGUUAUUUUAGCUCGCUGUAUAAGUUCUUGAAAAGGGUGGAGGGAUUACACCGUAGAACUCCGAAAGUAACGGUUGAAGGUGGUAACUGUAAGGGGUCUAGAUCACGUUUUACGGGAAAUAAAAAAGUCUUUCAUAAUUCAGGGGAAGUAAGAAAAGACUGCAUCUCAAAUAUCACACACAAAAAAAACAGGUCAAAAUGUUUCACUAGAACUUGCAAAAUUAAUGAGAUUUUGAAAGUCAAUGUUAUUUCUCUACUUCUUUCUCCCACAAGCGGCAAUAGGAGAGCCAUGCUCUACUGAAGACUAAUGUAGAGGGAUCGACGGGGAUUUUCUAUUUCACAUUUCAUGGGAAAAAAUAAGUCCAUUCACGAAUCACAAAAAUAUAUAUCCUCUAUUAACCUCGAGGUCAGCUCUCAUUAUUUUCGAAUUUAGCAGGCCAAAAGCGCGCUACUUUCGGCUAACCGUUUAACCUCGUUCCCAGGGGUGUCUUCCCGCCCUACCAGAGCGAGAGAGAAAGGUAGGGAUGAGGGACCCUGGGAAUGAGGUUGGUAACCGUUAUUUUGGUACCGUUACGUAUGAUCAUAACCAUGGGAGGCGCGGUGACCCGUGGUUAGUCAGCGGUCGACUCCGGAUCGAG